AUGGCCACCCUCGUUACGGAGUGGGAUGCAUUCCAGCUUCUCCAGAUCAAAAAUCUUGACACCCACACGGUCACCUGUGUUGGAUACGCGCCUUCUAAACGCCGUCGCUGCCAGAACCCAAUCGCGCAACACAACCGAAUGGCAGCCAACGAGAUUUUGCAAAAGCUGCCCAGAAGAGCGCUGGACCAGGAUCAUCUCUACACUCAUCUCGAACGUCUUGCAGGACUCUUGCUAUGCAGACGAAACCAUCAGGAUCAAGCCUGCACUGUUGCCACGGAGUGGCACAGAACCGUUAUCUCGCAGGUGAACGGAAGACACCGUCACUACAGCGCCACCAACCGCAUUUAUCGCAACUGCACCCUUCAAGCCUUCAAGACGGAACAAACCUCUAGUUGCGAUGAUGACUGGCAAGAGGAGAUUUCUCGACUGCAGCGUGAGCUGGAGGAGGCAAAGAGACGACAGCGAGCGGCGAAUGCCCAGAGAGCGUACGAGCGCCAAGAGGAAGAAGCCCACCGACAAGCCCGCCGAGAGCGAGACCAGAAAGAUGUAGAAGAACGGCGAAAGCCCGUGCAGGAGGAAGCUCGACAAGAAGAAGCCCGUCGAGCCGAGGGGGGCCGUCGACAGCAGCAGCAAGAACAAUCUAGUCGGGCAGCAGAAGCUCGCCAACGCCGGGAGCAGGAAGCGCGUGCCAAAGCCCAGCAGAACGACAUUACCUGGUCAGAAGCAUGGCGCCGCUACGAGCAGCGCUGGCUCGAGAUCCGCGAGAUGAGCGAGGAAGAUCUAGCCAAAAUCUCUUCCGGUUCUCUACAUUGGCCGGUCAAAUCUGGCAAAUUCCAAGACGUUAACGAAGCCAACGUCGAAGCUUUCCUCCGGAACGCCUCAGAUGAUGUGUACAGUUGUAGGGAGGCAUAUUUGAAGGUCCUCAAUGGGCAGAAUCUACGUUGGCACCCGGAUAAGAUUGGUCGCUUCUCGGGCUUGAGGGGCGAUGAUAUUUCAGAGGCUCUUUUCACACUCGUGGCGCAGGUUAUUAAUCGCGAACGUGAUGCAAGUAGGCUGAAGUCGAGGUUGUAG